AUGGGUGGAAAUGCAAUGAACAAUGAUCGGGAAUUUACUAGAAAUAAUGGAGAACGGACACCACUUGUUGGUCGUACAGGUAAUGGAAAAAGUGGAACGGGCAAUAGUAUUCUUGGAAGAACUGCAUUCAGGUCAAUGCAUUGCUCGUCUGGUGUUACAACUACUUGUCAGCUUCAGCGGACUCAAUUAGACGACGGAAACAUACUGAAAGUUAUUGAUACCCCUGGUUAUUUGAUUCAACAAGAUAAGAUGGGUGGAAGUGCAAUGAACAAUGAUCCGGAAAUUACUACAGAUAAUGGAGACCGGACACUACUUCUUGUUGGGCGUACAGGUGAUGGAAAAAGUGCAACGGGCAAUAGUAUUCUUGGCAGAACUGCAUUCAGGUCAAUGCAUUGCUCUUCUGGUGUUACAACUACUUGUCAGCUUCAGUGGUCUCAAUUAGACGACGGAAACAUGUUGAAUGUGAUCGAUACCCCUGUUACUGAUAUGGCUGACGCUGUGGAAACUGUAGGACUGUUUAAUAUAUCCCGUGGGCCUGAUUAUGUUCUAAAUGAACUUGUUAAAUGCAUCGAUUUGGCCAACGAUGGUGUCCAUGCUGUACUUCUAGUUCUGUCCAUAAGAACUCGGUUUUCAAGAGAAGAACAAGCUACUUUUCAAAGCUUUUUGGACCUCUUUGGGAGCAAAAUUAGUGACUACAUGAUCGUGGUAUUCACUGGAGGAGAUGAGUUUGAUGAAAAUGAUGAGACUUUGGAUGACUACUUAGGUCUUUGCCCCGAAGCCUUACAGGGAACUCUCAGCAUGUGUGGAGAAAGACGAGUGCUUUUUGACAAUAAGACUAAGGAUCCAAAAAAGGUAGCUGACCAAUUGAGUAAUCUUCUUUUGCAUGUGAAUUUUGUUGUAGAAAAGAAUGGUGGAAAACCAUACACAAGCGACUUGUUCAAGGAUUUAAAGGUUAAUUCUAACCUUCUGUUGGAUAUUAAGCAUCUUGAAGAAGAAGUGGCAAAGGAGCGUGUUGCUCGGCUUGAAGCAGAAGAAAGUGCAGAAAUAGCUCAAAAGAAAUUGGAAUAUACGAGUCGUUUGAUGAGAGCUAGCUUGGAGAGACCACGUCAAAUGGCGACUGAGGAACUCCAAGCAUCAAAUCUGAGACUACCUGGAAUGUGUCUUAUUUUAUGA